AUGGAAAUUGAAAGUGAAGCCAAAACAGCAAUAUCUAAAAUUUCAUCUAAAUAUAAUUUUACUUGGGUUAUACCACAUUUUGAGCAAUUAAUCGAACGCACACCUAUAAAACAAUUUACUUUUGGUAAACUAGAGACUGGAUUAAAUGUUGAGGCUCUAAAAGAUAUUUAUUUAAAAGCUGAUAUGUGGGACAUGAAAGAAUUUAAUGAUCUAUUUCUCAAAACGGAGUCUUUGAAAUAUGUUCAUGAAAAUUGGCAAGAUAUUAAACCAUCUCAAAAUAUGAAAGAUUUUUUAUUUGAGGCUGAAGUGGAUUGGGUAGAAGAAUUAAUGUUUGCAAGAUUUUUUGGUUUUGGUAAAAAAUAA